AUGUCAGAUCCAACCACUCUGCCCUGCCCUCACACUAAUUCUGAACCCCCACCCUCUGCUCCACCCCCAACCCACUGGACUUCAGACUUGCUCUUCUCUGCUGUGCUCGGCUUGGCCCCACCACAAUCCACCCACAAGGGAGUCUUGACCCCGGACUCUCUGUCCAGACCUCACAUGACCAGCCCCCAAGCUCCAACCCCACCUUCAGGCCUGUCCCCGCCCUACAUGAAUGGCGGGAAGAAGCAGCCGUGGAAGCCGCAGCUGGCCAACCGGGUCCUCAAAGUGUCGGUGUGGAGCAAGGCGCUAUGGAGCGACGCGGCCUGGGGGGACAAGGAUGAAUUUUUAGAUGUGAUCUACUGGUUCCGACAGAUCAUUGCUGUGGUCCUGGGUGUCAUUUGGGGAGUUUUGCCCUUGAAAGGGCGUUUAGGAAUAGCUAGAUUCUGCCUGAUCAAUGCAGGAGUCCUGUACCUCUACUUCAGCAACUGCUUACAGAUGGAUGAGGAAGAACAUGGUAGCACAUGCGAGCUCACAAAAGAAGGAUUUAUGACAUCUUUUGCCUUGUUCGUGGUCAUCUGGAUCAUCUUUUACACUGCCAUCCACUACAACUGA